AUGGCCGGCGAAGCUUCUUCUCCCUCCACCGCUCCUCUCAAUCCUUUUCACCUUGCUCAUGCCAUCUCUAAUAUUAAAUCUCUCAUCCCCGUUACUCUAGAUCUAAAAAAUCCUAAUUAUCAAAAGUGGAGCCACUUUUUCACGAUUACCGUCGGUCGUUUCUGCCUCUCCGACCUUCUACAUGGAAAACCCCGACCGGAUUCGAUUUCCGCCGACGAAUGGCAGCGCGCCGACUAUCUCCUCCAAUCUUGGAUCUACGGCACCAUCUCCGACGAUCUGUCCAGCAUGGUUCUCUCAAAAACCUCCACCGCCAUCUCUUCUCUCUUCACUGAUAACAAAGAUUAUCGAGCCAUUCAACUUGAAGAAAAAUUCAAGUCCCUCAAGAAAGGCGCUCUCUCAAUUCACGAUUAUUGCCAAAUAAUCAAAACCACGGCGGACAACUUGGCCGAUGUCGGAAAUCCAAUCUCCGACAAACAACUCGUCCUACCAACCCUACACGGCCUUCCGAAACAUUACGGGACCGUCGCCAACCUAAUCUCCUUUCAGAAUCCCCUUCCCACUUUUCUAUAG